AGGCGCCUCGGGUCCCCGCACCACCUCCUGCUGCUCCCCCGUCGCCGCUCCCGAAGCUUUUCCAGAUGUCCCUGGUAGAUUUGGGGAAGAAGCUUUUAGAAGCGGCACGAGCAGGUCAAGAUGAUGAAGUUCGUAUUUUGAUGGCAAAUGGAGCUCCUUUUACUACAGACUGGCUGGGAACCUCUCCACUUCAUCUGGCAGCACAGUAUGGGCAUUACUCCACCACAGAAGUACUACUCCGAGCUGGUGUAAGUAGGGAUGCGAGAACCAAAGUGGACCGAACGCCAUUACAUAUGGCAGCUUCUGAGGGCCAUGCCAGCAUAGUAGAGGUUUUGCUUAAGCAUGGUGCUGAUGUUAAUGCAAAGGACAUGUUGAAGAUGACAGCUCUGCACUGGGCCACAGAACACAAUCAUCAAGAGGUGGUGGAACUUUUAAUCAAAUAUGGUGCUGAUGUACACACGCAAAGUAAAUUUUGUAAAACUGCAUUUGAUAUUUCAAUAGACAACGGGAAUGAAGAUUUGGCAGAGAUAUUACAGAUUGCUAUGCAGAACCAAAUCAACACAAACCCUGAGAGUCCUGACACUGUGACGAUACAUGCUGCCACACCACAGUUUAUCAUCGGACCUGGAGGGGUGGUGAACCUAACAGGUCUGGUAUCUUCAGAAAAUUCAUCCAAGGCAACAGAUGAAACAGGUGUAUCAGCUGUUCAGUUUGGAAACUCCUCCACAUCAGUAUUAGCUACGUUAGCUGCCUUAGCUGAAGCAUCUGCUCCAUUGUCCAAUUCUUCAGAAACUCCAGUAGUGGCUACGGAGGAGGUAGUUACCGCAGAAUCUGUGGAUGGUGCAAUUCAGCAAGUAGUUAGCUCGGGGGGCCAGCAAGUCAUCACAAUAGUUACAGAUGGCAUCCAGCUUGGAAACUUGCACUCCAUCCCGACCAGUGGGAUAGGUCAGCCCAUCAUUGUGACCAUGCCAGAUGGACAGCAAGUGUUAACAGUACCAGCAACCGACAUUGCUGAAGAAACUGUUAUAAGCGAAGAACCACCAGCUAAGAGACAAUGUAUCGAAAUAAUUGAAAACCGGGUGGAAUCUGCAGAAAUAGAAGAGAGAGAAGCUCUUCAGAAACAGCUGGAUGAAGCAAAUCGGGAAGCACAAAAAUAUCGACAGCAGCUUCUAAAGAAAGAACAGGAAGCAGAGGCCUACAGACAAAAAUUAGAAGCUAUGACUCGCCUUCAGACUAAUAAAGAAGCUGUUUAA